UCUUCAACAUAAGCAAAGCUCUGUCUUUCUCUCUCUCUCUCUCUCUCUCUCUCUCUCUAACCCCAAGAACUAACAGCACAGUCCACCCUCCCCCACCCCCUUCAAAGCACUGUGCAAGAACUCAAAGAAUCUCUCGGAAGUCGCCACCACCACCCACAAAUCCCAAGACUUCCCAACCGCGCCGAAACCCAUCCCAUCAGUCAGCGAAGAACUCUGACUCCGAAGUUCCUCCGCCCCCACCACCGCCGCCGCCGCCAAUGAAGCCGCUCCUGCUCGUGCUCUGCCUCAGCUUCUUCUACCUCCUCCCGCCGUCAAAACCCGAUCUUGAAUCCGACAGAUCGGCCCUCUCGGCCCUCCGCUCGGCCGUCGGGGGACGGUCCCUACUUUGGAACCUCUCCGCGCCCCACUGCUCAUGGACCGGCAUCAUCUGCGACAAGGACCAGAUCGUCGAGCUCCGCUUCCCGGGAAUGGGCCUCAGCGGGACCCUCCCGGCCGGCGUGCUGGGGAACCUCACCACGGUCCAGACGAUCUCUCUCCGGUACAAUGCCCUCUCUGGCUCGAUCCCUCCCGACAUCGCCGACAUCUCCGCCCUCCGCAACCUCUACCUGCAAGGUAACGCGUUCAGCGGUGAAAUGCCCUCCUUCCUCUUCUCCCUCCAGAACCUCGUCCGCCUCAACCUCGCCUCGAACAAGUUCUCCGGCCCUAUCCCUUCGGGCUUCAGCAACCUCACCCGCCUCAAGACUCUGUAUCUUGAGCAGAAUCAGCUCAACGGGUCAAUCCCCGAUUUGAACCUGAAGCUCGACCAGUUCAACGUCUCGUAUAACAACCUAACUGGGUCCGUCCCCUCGAGCCUAUCGGGAAUGCCGAGGAGCGCCUUUGAGGGGAUGCCCCUCUGCGGGUCCCCUCUCAAGUCCUGCAACGGGACAGGUGGAAGCGGAAGGAAGCUAUCGGGUGGGGCGAUAACAGGGAUCGUGAUCGGAUCCGUUCUCGGGCUCCUGUUCAUCUUAUUGAUAUUGUUCUUCCUCUGCCGUAAGAAGAGCGCCACGAAGGAGGCUAAAGAUGCCGGAGGGGCCGGUGAGCAGACCGCGUUUGAUAUCCCUAGGGAGAAGGAGGUAGGGGCCUCGAGCGUCCGCUCGGUUUCGUCGAGAGGUGAAGGGAAGAGCGAUAACAAGAGCCUCGUCUUCUUCGGGAAGCAGAAGGGGGCGUUCGAUUUAGAGGAUUUGCUGAGGGCUUCGGCGGAGGUGCUGGGGAAGGGGACGUUCGGGACGACCUACAAGGCAGCUCUAGAGAUGGGAGGGAUGGUCAUCGCCGUGAAGAGGCUGAAGGAAGUGGUGGUCUCGGAGAAGGAGUUCCGGGAGAAGAUGAAGGAGAUCGGUGAAGUUGAGCAUGAGAACUUGGUUCCAUUAAGGGCUUAUUACUUCAACAGGGACGAGAAGCUUCUUGUCUAUGAUUACAUGCCCACUGGGAGCUUGUCUGCUCUUCUUCAUGGAAACACGGCCUUGGCUAGGACUCCACUCAACUGGGACACUCGAUCCAGCAUCGCCCUUGGGGCAGCCCGUGCAAUUGCCCACCUCCAUUCCCGAAGCCCGACAGCAUCCCAUGGGAACAUCAAGUCCUCAAACGUACUCCUCACCAAGUCAUACGAGCCCCGUGUCUCCGACUUUGGCCUUGCCCAUAUUGCAAGCCCGACCUCUACUCCCAGUCGGGUGAGCGGCUAUCGUGCACCGGAGGUCACCGAUACCCAGAAAGUGUCCCAGAAGGCCGAUGUUUACAGCUUCGGGGUAUUGCUGCUGGAGCUCCUCACAGGGAAGGCGCCCGCUAAUUCCCACUUAAAUGAGGAGGGAGUUGACCUCCCAAGGUGGGUCCAGUCUGUAGUCCGAGAGGAAUGGACUGCCGAGGUUUUCGACCUUGAGCUUCUAAGGUACCAGGAUGUUGAGGAGGAUAUGGUCCAGCUCUUGCAGCUCGCACUUGACUGCACCUCUCAGCACCCCGACAAGCGCCCUUCCAUGGCCGCUGUGGCCACUAGGAUAGAAGAAAUCUGCCGAUCAAGCUCUGCACAAGAGCCUGACCCACCGCGCCACGUGGAUAAUGCUGAUGGGUCAUCCCAGUCACAGCAGACCUUUUCGAUUGACUCAGCUGCACCUUCAUCUUCAUUGAAGGAAUGAAGAAAUAGCCGCAUUCUUGCAUCAUAUUUUUUCAGGACGUUUUUAGGAGUGUGCGCUUUUUGAUUGUUUGAUUUUUUGAUAGUGUCCUCUUUGCGAUGAUUUGAGAAUGUGCCAUUCUUCCUUUUAACCUUCAGUUCGUGUUUCAUUCUUUGCAAUGGAAGAGCUCCCAAGUGUUAUUUA